GGCACAAUGUCUUGCAGUAGCCUGGAGUCAUUUGAAGAAGCACAUUACGAUGAGUACGAGUAUUACAAUCUGGCAGAUUACCCGGCUCACAAUGGAGGGAAAGGCAGGAGCAAGAAAGAGAGCAUUCGGAAUACGAAUCGCAGUUGCCCAGCUGGGCAUGAGAGGAAGAUCAUGGAGAAACUCUACAAAAGUGACCUGAAAAGGAAGAAAGCUCGAAGCUCAUCCUAGAUUUUCAACAAGUGACCUUGAUUUUUCCAUCAACAUCCUGAGUUUGGUCUCUUACUGUCUUAAGAAGUACCAUCGCAACAUAUGUUCUCCAGUUGUUGGACAGUGACAAUUGUUUAUUGAAGCAGCUUUCAGUAAUGUUUUGGGAAUGAGUCGUAACUUUUGAUAAAGCACCCAUUGUGGAAAAUUAAAGUUGAGGAAUUAAACCACAAUUGAGUUAGUGUGUUGUGUUUUGUAGCUGCUAAAACUAAUAGCAAUAGAACUUCUAACCUUGCGAAACAGAAUGAAGGCAUUUUCCCAAGUAUGGUUUAAUCUGAUAAUUGUGGUUGUGAAUGUUUGCCUGUAUUGAAUACAUUUAUAAAUGCAAAUGAGCCAGAAGCCAUGUCUGUUUUAUGUGUACUGUGACUUUUUGAUGAGUUCUCGCUGUGUGGUUACUGAGUUCAGUGAAGGUGUUUAAUAGUCAAUAUGUCGAAAACAAUGAGACAUUAAAGUAAUUCCCAGUACUCAGAAGUGAUCCUACUUGUAUCGAUACAGAAUGUAUCGAUAGCCCAGUUAUAUAUGUGAGCUUCACGAUCUGCAUAGUCAUCCAGUCAGCUUUCAGACCAAGUGCCAGUUCGCAUUAUCCCUGAGGAAUCUGGUAAAUUUGAUCAUUACAAUCAGACUCUCAAACAAAGAUGUUUCUAACAAAAUUGUGCCGGUUUGUAACUUUUAAUAUGAAUCAGAAUCAAAAUGACCAGCAAAUCGUGAUGAGUUUAAAAUACCAAUUAAAUAUGGAGUUGCAGAUACAAGAGAGGCUGUCUUGCCAAGUUUUUGAGCAGUUAGUCCACCUGAAGAGUCAACCACACCAUUUACCCAGUAAAGACUUAAUCAUUUCUCUUCAGGAGAUUGUAAUUUAAAUGGUCUCCUAUAUUUUAACACUUUUGGUGUUGAUAUUUGCUUCCAGGUCAAGGAUUGCCAUGUCAUAUGGACCAAUAUUUAUUAUCCAAAAGUUGUAAGUUAUCUCUUUAUAAUUAAUACAAUCCUUUUAAAGUCUUGCAAACAUUUACAAAUAAAAAGGCCCCAGUGCUGCAAGAUAACAAGUUGUAGAGCUGGAUGAAAACAGCAGGUCAAGCAGCAUCAGAGGAGCGGGAAAGCUGAUGUUUUGGGCCCAGAUGCAAGUUUUCUUUACUGCUAUUGUUUCUGGGUCAAAAGCUGUCACAAUGUAAUGAGCUGAUUUUAUGACGUCUGGGUUUGAGUCUGCAGUUGGACCUAGUUCUCCUGGGGUUGGGAGGAGCAAAAUAUCAACCAGACUGUCUCAUUCCUGGUCAAUGUCCAUUGAACAGAUUGGCUAUAAUUGUCUCCACAAAUACCAGCAAAUUUUCUACAUUAUUGGCUCCCACGUGAACCAUGACCUCUGCUUUUCUGGCACAUUCUGUAUUGGGUCCACGAUCUCCAAGCUCUGCCACUUGCAACAUGUUGUUUGAGACUUUGGAUUACUUCCAACGAACAAAGUUAUCUACCCCGGGGGAAGUUACCCAUAAUUGCCACUCACCCAUUGUUGCACCUGAAAAAAUGCAAAGGGUUCAGAAAAUAUUUACAGAGAUGUUGCCAGAUCUGGAGGGUUUGAGCUAUAGGAAAAGGCUGAAUAAGUUGGGGCGAUUUCCCCUUAAGUGUUGGAAGCUGAGGGCUGAUCUUAUAAAAGGUUUAUAAAAUCAUGAGGGGCAUGGAUAGGGUAAAUAGGCAGGGUCUUCUCCCCAGGGAGUCCAUAACUAGAGGACGUCGGUUGAAGGUGAGAAGGGAGAGAUUUAAAAUGGACGUAAGGGGCAACAUUUCCCACAGAGGGUGGUGGGAGCAUGGAAUGAGCUGCCAGAGGAAGUGGUGGAGACUGGUAAGAAUACAACAUUUAAAAGACAUUUGAGUGGGUGUACAAAUGGGAAGGGUUUGAGGGAUAGGAUCCAAAUGCUACCAAAAGGGUCUAGAUUAAUUUGGGAUAUUUGGUUGCUGUGGAUGAUUUAGACUGAAGUGUCUGUUUCUGUCCUGUACAUCUCUAUGACUCCUUCAGCGUAAAUUACCCAGGCUCCAGUUCUGUGGCAACCAGCUAAAGUGUCCACAUCACCGUGACCUAAGCAGGAAGACUCUUCACAGCUGAUGUGUUCGCUACCGAUAGGUUGAGAGUGCACUUUGGUGCGGCAACAAUGGAGAAGGGCAGGUUGGUGGGAGAAACAGUAACUGAACAAUGGACCACCUUCAAAGAGGAGAUGGUUUGGAUAGAAUUAAGGUCUAUUCCUGCAAAUGAGAAAGACACAGCAAACAAAUCCAGAGCUUCCUGAAUGAGAAAGGAGAUACAUUUUAUUCUUUAUCUUAAAAUUGAUGCUUAAGACAGGUGAAAAUGAACUUGAGUACUGGGAAAAAUACAGAAGGUUCA